GUAGAUAAGUUAACGCCGAUGCAAAAAUAUAAGCGUGUGUAUGUGUAAUGAACGGUCAAAACAUUUUAUGUUAAAUAAUAAUAAAAAAUUACUGUGACUUUGUGUAUAGCUAGUACUUUCAUGUUACUAUAGACCAACAUCCAUCUACAGAUAAAUGUAGUCAGUGGCGGAACAAAGAUUGAAGCAAAUCCCGGGGCAAAGAAAUUUCUGGCACCAUGAAUAAAUAUUGGCACCUAUAACCAACCCAAGAAUACCUCAUAACAUUCCUAAAAAUUGAGCCUUAUUUUGUAUGCUUUUGCUGGGUGACUAGUGAUGGCUGUAAAAACAUUAAAAAGAAUCAAUGACAUAUACAUACAUGUCGGCGUGGAAUCAUGUUAUCCAAGGCUGCACUAAUAAAAAGAUUCCACACUGAUGACUGUAAUAUCAUUAAAAAAGAUGCAUUUUUCUUCUACGAAGUUGUCCGUGACGAUUUCAGUAAUCUUAAAAUGUUGUGUAGGAUCAAUUUCUCGGAGGUGCUUACAGGGUUCAAUGCAUCUGCACUAUGUUAAAAAAAAUGCAUCUUUGAUCUGAUCAUAUUUGUGUAUAUUAUCAUUUUGGCAUCCAAUCCUGCCCUAGCCAGUACAAAAGAUUCCACGCUGACUUUGGAAUUUUAAGGUCAACUUGUACUGCAACACUAGUAUAACUUCAGGGCAGGAAAGGCAAAGCGUACCCGUCAGUUUGUAGCAAGCGGCAAACAGAAAUGGCAAACGAUUCUUCGCGCGUCCGCGUGGUUCGCAGGAGCACCGUCAAGGCCUCCGUCACGCGGCCCGACACCGUGCUUCCCGUCUCCAACCUCGACCUGCUGUAUUACCCCAUGCCGCUCUCGAUGGUCUGCGCCUACCGCAGGCCCUCGGCCGGCGGUGGCUUCGUCGACGUCGUCGCCGCCUUCGAGGCCAAGCUGUCGUCCCUGCUGGACCACUUCUUUCCCCUCGCCGGCCGCAUCGUGGCCAACCCGCGCUCAGGGCUCCCGGAGGUGCACUGUGACAACCAGGGCGCGGAGCUCGUCGUCGGCGAGGUCGGCCUGGCGCUGGGCAGCCUGGACUUCGGCGACCUGGACGCGUCGCUGGCGAGAGUCGGCGUCCCCGUCCAGUACGGCGCGGACGUCGCGCUGUCGGUGCAGCUCGUUUCGUUCUCCUGUGGAGGGUUCGUCGUGGUGUGGGGCACCAACCACGGCCUCGCGGACGGGUGCGCGCUGUACAUGAUCGUUGACGCGUGGUCAGAGCUCGCGCGGUCUGGGACGAUCGUCGCCGCCCCGAACUACGACCGCUCCGUGUUCUGCCCUCGGGCUGCCCCGUCGUACGGCCCUUCAGUGGGCGAGCUGUUCAUGCCGUUGGUGAGCGAGCGUCUCGUCAACGCCCUCACGGCCGGGGGCUCCAUGCUCGGCCGCACCUACUACGUCGAGGAGCGGGACAUUGCCAUGCUGCGCGCGCAGGCGAGCGGCGACGGGGAGCGCGGCGCGAGCCGCGUCGAGGCGGUGUCUGCGUACCUGUGGAAGGUGUUGGCCGCCACCGUGGGCUCGUCCGACGAGAGUUGCCGCAUGGGCUGGUGGGUGAACGGGCGACGGUGUCUCACAACCGCGCCGGAGGAAGCCAUGCGCAACUACGUCGGCAACGUCACGACGUUCGCGGUGGCGGAGGCGAGCGUGGAGGCGAUCCUGCGGCGGCCGCUCCCGGAGAUCGCGUCGAUGGUGCGCGGGUCGAUCAGGUCGACGGCCACCGACGAGCACUUCCAGGAGCUGGUGGACUGGGUGGAGGAGCACAAGGGCAAGGGCAAGGACAAUGGCAAGGCUGCGGUCAAGUUCGUGGAGACGGCGACCGUCGGGCUGGGCAGCCCGGCGAUGGGCGUGACGUCGUUCGCGUCCUUCAGCGUCGACACGGACUUCGGAUUCGGGCACGCCGCUGUAGCGAUGCCGACGUGGGUGGACUGCGGGAGGCUGUGCUCCGGCUUCGUGAAGAUCAUGGCGCGUCCGGGGGGUGACGGUGGUGGUGGUGGUUCCUGGAUCUUCGGCAUGUCCGUUUGGCCGAAGCUCGCCGCGGCGCUGGACUCCGAUGAGCAGCGCAUCUUCAAGCCUCUCACCGCCGAGUAUCUCGGCCUCAUGGCUGCAGCAAAUUAGUAUAGCCGGCUCUGGUCGCAUGCAGCAUGCAUGAAUGCAUGAUGCCCAUUAAUUAAUUUAAGAAGAAUAAGAGGGCCAGCGAUUCACACAAAUAAACCACAGGUUCUGUUUUCAGAUCUUGUGGUGGCAAUAUUUGUGUGAUGGAUCUACGCAAGUUUUUGGUUAUUGAAUUGGCGGGUGAUGGAUCUACACCGACACCGCGCUUCCUAUUCUUUCACUAGCAAGAGUGGUGUUUCUAUUGUAGACGCCCCCAAAUGUUUUCAAUGACGGGUUUUUUAUUCAUGAUUUGAAUUGCCGGUU